AUGUCGGCGUCUCAACAGCUGAGCGUGUGGAGGCUGCUAGCACCGCCUCACACCGUUGGAUUUGCCGUUCCUUCCGCUACUCUGGCUGCUCCUGCUGCUGCCCUGUCUGCGGGUCAUGUUGCGGCGGGCUGCUCGUUCUUCCCCUCUAAGCAGCUGCACCGACACCACUCUCACCAGCAGCGUUCCUUGCACUACCACCACCGCAAUCACCCUGCCCAGCAACAUGUGCUGCUACAUCAGCACCAGCAGCGGCGAUUCAUGUUCAUUCAAACCCUCACCACUCCCAACCCCGCCUCCCUCAUGUUCAACCCUGGCCGCCCCAUCCUCUCCUCCCCUUCUCUGUCUUCCUCCUCUUCAUCGGAGGAUCAGCCCUCUUCUCCAUCAUCCAUCGAGUUUUCUUCUGCCCGAGCUGCCCUAGCGUCUCCGCUUGCAAUUGCAUUGUUCCGCAUUGAUGGUGUAGCACGGGUGUUCCUGGGAGGUGACUUUGUCACGGUGACUAAAACGGAGGAGAGCUCCUGGGAUCUCCUCAAGCCAGAGAUUUUCGCUGCCCUGAUGGACUUUUUUGCUUCCGGGCAGCCGGUGCUGAACCCCCAGGCAGAGGCGGCAGCAGCUGGCGGGGAGCAACAACCGGCAGAGGACGAGAGUGAGACGGUGCUGAUGAUAAGGGAGCUUCUGGAGACGCGCAUUCGACCGGCAGUGCAGGAGGACGGAGGGGACAUUGACUUUGUUGACUUUGACGAGGCCACGGGAAUCGUCUAUCUGCGCAUGAAAGGCGCCUGCAGUGGCUGCCCGAGCUCCUCCGUGACUCUAAAGAGCGGCGUCGAGAACAUGCUCAGACACUACAUUCCAGAGGUUAAUUCGGUGCAGGAGGUCAUUGAAGAGGCAGAGUGA